GGGCGCAGGAGAGACUCGCUCGGCCCAGCCGCCGGCGGCGCCGCGCUCCGUCCGCUCCGGGCAGGUCUACACAGGUGCCAUGACGCAGCAGCCCCAGGAAGACUUUGACAGGAGCGUGGAGGAUGCCCAGGCGUGGAUGAAGGUGGUCCAGGAGCAGCUUCAGCUCAACGAUAACACGCAGGGGCCCCGCGCGGCACUGGAGGCACGGCUGCGUGAGACAGAGAAAAUCUGCCAGCUGGAGCCCGAGGGAUGCGUGAAGGUGGAACUGGUCCUGCGGGCGGCUGAGGCCCUCUUGGCCACUUGCCGGGAGGGCCAGAAGCCUGAGAUCCUGGCCCGGCUGCGGGAUAUCAAGUGCCAGUGGGAGGAGACCGUCACCUACAUGACUCAUUGUCACAGUCGCAUUGAGUGGGUGUGGCUGCACUGGAGUGAGUACCUGCUGGCCCAGGAUGAGUUUUACCGCUGGUUCCAGAAGAUGGUGGUUGCCCUGGAGCCUCCCAUGGAGCUGCAGCUGGGCCUGAAGGAGAAGCAGUGGCAGCUGAGUCAUGCCCAGGUGCUGCUGCACAAUGUGGACAAUCAGGCUGUGCUCCUGGACAGGCUGCUGGAGGAGGCAGGCUCCCUGUUCAACAGGAUCGGGGACCCCAGCGUGGAUGAAGAUGCCCAGAAGAGGAUGAAGGCUGAGUACGAUGCUGUGAAGGCCAGAGCACAGCACAGGGUGGACUUCCUGGCCCAGGUGGCCCAAGAGCAUGAGCAGUACCGGGAGGAUGUGAACGAGUUCCAGCUGUGGCUGAAGGCGGUGGUGGAGAAGGUACACAGCUGCCUUGGGCGGAACUGCAAGCUGGCCACGGAGCUUCGCCUCUCUGCGCUGCAGGACGUUGCCAAGGAUUUCUCUAGGGGCGAGGAGUCUUUGGACAGAUUGGAGGAGCAGGCUGCGGGCGUCAUUCGGAACACCUCUCCUCUGGGUGCGGAGAAGAUCUCAGGGGAGCUGGAGGAGAUGCGGGGGGUCCUGGAAAAGCUCAGAGUUCUCUGGGAGGAGGAGGAAGGGAGGCUGCGGGGCCUGCUCCAGUCCAAGGGGGCCUGUGAGCGGCAGAUCCAGCAGCUGGAGGUGGAACUGGGAGAGUUCAAGAAAGGCCUUCAGAGAGUCGCCCAGGAGGGCCUGGAGCCUGCGGUGAAGACAGCCACAGAGGAUGAGCUGGUGGCCCACUGGAGGCUGUUCUCGGGGACUCAGGCUGCACUGGCUUCAGAGGAACCUCGUGUAGACCGGUUACAAACUCAACUGAAGGAACUUGUCACCUUCCCAGACCUACAGUCACUCUCUGACAGCGUGGUGGCCGCCAUUCAGGAAUAUCAACGUAUGAAGGGAAGGAACACCAGGCUCCACAAUGCGACCAGGGCAGAGCUGUGGCAGCGUUUCCAGCGGCCCCUCAAUGACCUGCAGCUGUGGAAGGCCCUAGCCCAGAGGCUCCUGGACAUCACCACCAGCCUGCCAGACCUGCCCUCCAUUCACACCUUUCUUCCCCAGAUUGAGGCAGCCCUAACAGAAAGCUCACGCCUGAAGGAGCAGCUGGCGAUGCUGCAGCUGAAGACAGACCUGCUGGGCAGCAUCUUUGGCCAGGAGAGAGCAGCCGCCCUCCUGGAGCAGGUGGCAAGUUCUGUGAGGGACAGAGACCUGCUGCAUAACAGCCUUCUUCAGAGGAAGAGCAAACUGCAGAGCCUGCUCGUCCAGCACAAGGACUUCGGGGUGGCUUUUGACCCCCUACACAGGAAGCUCCUAGACCUCCAAGCCAGGAUCCAAGCAGAGAAGGGGCUUCCGCGGGACCUUCCUGGGAAGCAGGUCCGGCUCCUGAGGCUGCAGGGGCUGCAGGAGGAGGGGCUUGAUCUGGGAACACAAAUAGAGGCUGUGAGGCCUCUUGCCCAGGGGAACUUGAGCCACCAACACAAAGUAGACCAGGUCUCCUCUGACCAGCAAGCCCUGCAGAGGACCCUAGAGGGCCUUGUGGAUAGCUGUCAGCAGAGCGUCCGAGAGCACUGCACCUUCAGUCACCGGCUGUUGGAGCUGCAGCAAUGGGUCACCGUGGCCACACAGACGUUGGAAUCACACCAAGCGGAUGUGCAUCUGUGCGAUGCUGAGUCCCAAGAGGCCGGACUUGAGAGGCUGCUGUCUGAACUUCCGGAGAAAGAAGUCCAGCUGUCUCUGCUCCAAGCACUGGGCCAGCUUGUAAUGAAGAAGUCUUCCCCAGAGGGGGCAGCCAUGGUCCAGGAGGAGCUGAGGGAGCUGGCAGAGUCCUGGCAGGCCCUGCGGCUGCUAGAGGAGAACAUGCUGAGUCUUAUCAGAAACCAACAGCUGCGGAGGACAGAGGUGGACACAGGGAAGAAGCUAGUUUUCACCAACAACAUCCCAAAGGCCGGCUUUCUCAUCAACCCUCAGGAUCCCAUUCCCAGGAGACGGCAUGGGGCAAACCUGAUGGAGGAACAAGACUUGCAUGAAGAUGGCUCCCGGCUCCUGAGGGACUUCGAAGAGUGGCUGCAGGCAGAAAACACCAAGCUGCUUAGAAUCCUCACAAUGAGAACAGCCACAGCCAAAGACCGGAGGACCAGAGGGAUGAAGCUGCAGGAGCUGGAGGCUCGGAUUCCAGAAGGCCAGCAUCUCUUUGAAAGCCUGCUUCGUCUCAGGCCAGCAAGGGACCCUUCCAAUGAGCUGGAAGAUCUCCGCUACCGUUGGAUGCUGUACAAGUCUAAGCUCAAGGACUCUGGCCACCUGCUGACGCAGAGUUCUCCAGGGGAGCGGACUGCAUUCCAAAAGAGUCUGCGGCAGCAGAAGCCGAGGAGGAGUCCCUGCUCUCUUCUGCAGAGAGCUUGCCGAGUGGCGCUGCCACUGCAGCUGCUGCUCCUGCUCUUUCUGCUGCUGUUCUUCUUGCUGCCGGCCGGCGUAGAGGAACGCAGCUGUGCCCUGGCCAACAACUUCGCCCGCUCCUUCGCACUCAUGCUUCGUUACAGCGGCCCCCCACCCACCUAGCCCACUGGGACACACAGGUGACCUUCCGCAGUCCCUCUGAGGCCGGCUGCUGGGGGAAGCUGGGUGGAAGCUGACCAGACGCCCCAGAGAAGCCUCGAUCCAAAUGCUGCAUCUGUUCCCAGAACAAACCUGCUUUUUCUAUGACGUCAUUUCUGUCUAUUUAUACUAAGUAUGUGCUUCGCGUGGUUAGGGAAUAUGUACAGAAUUUUUAUAUGCCGUGUAUGUACAUGCUGAGGGUAGAUGACUCCAGACACGAUGUCUCUUUGUGCCUAGGGGAGUCCCAGCAGUGUGUUUCUCUAAUGGGAUUCUUGACACUUGUGCCUUAACGUCGUGUCAUCCCUGGAGGACAGGAAAAAUCAUGUAUUACUUUUAUGUCAACCUGUCACCCAGAAAUUCAGAUGUUAGUGAAGAAGCCUUUGAGCGAUGAGCACAACAGAACAGAAUUGGAGCCCCGGGACUCUUGUGUAUGUGGCUCGUGGGUUGGGGGCUAGAUAAAGAGAAGCAGUGAUGGCCAGGCACAGGCACAGCCAGAGCAGUGAGACGGGACAAGUGACAGAGGGACACCGAGGGAGCAACAGAACUGUAAAAACAGGACACGGCUGAGCUCCACAGAGUGAUGACACUUAGGGCCCCAGCCCCAUGCGGGAGCCACUGGUAACACAGACCAGCAAGGAAUGCCUGUGACCGUGACCAUGACCUCCUGUCUUCAGGAAGUGGCUGGGGUUUCGUUUGUGUGUUUUCUCCAGGAGAAAGAAAAAGGAGAUGAAUUUGGCUUUUUCUUCUUACGCACAUGGGCGAAGCACAUUGCAGCAGCCUGUAACUGCCCCGGGAGGCCUGUGCCAUCACUGUUGGACUGUCUACAGGCUAGGGUGUCAGCUGAGGGCAGGGUGGGACACCUGCCCACCACACCAGGGAUCAAGGACCCUCCCAAGGCAGAGAGGAGAGACUCAGCCCACCUGCAGGGGUCUCUCUUUCCUCCCAAGAAGGGACUGUGCAGACUGCUGGGUCUCAGGGCUGGGCAGGUCCUGUCUUCUUCCCCUGUGAGCCUGGGGAUCACAGUCUAGCCCUAGGCAGGAGCGGGCAAGGUGAGCUCCAGGCACACAAGGGAGGCAUCUGGGUGACUCCCAGGCUAUGCCCAUGACUGGAGACAUGACCGGGGAAUUCUGGGAUGAUUCCUAAGUGCUUUAAAACUGGAUUAGGUUUGCUCUAAACUGAUACCGUUUUUUUUUUUUUUCUUUUUAACUUUUAGAAAAUACUUAACACCUCC